AUGUUUAGAAACAACUUAUUAAGAUCAUUAAGAACUGCCAACAGAUCAUUAUUCACAUCUACUACUGCCGCCACCACCAAACUUAUAACUUCAAGAACCAUCAUGCCAUCAGUUGCUCAAUUAUCAAUCAAACAACAACAACAAGCUUACCUCAAUUUUGCUCGUUCUUACGCUGGAUUUCCAGCAUUGACUAGAGACGUCGCCAAAGAAAGGAUUAUAGAAUUAUUGGAAGGGUUCGAUAAAGUAGAUUCAGCUAAGACCGGUGAAAUUACUGAAUCUGCCAGUUUUGUUCAAGAUUUAGGCUUAGAUUCAUUGGAUGUCGUUGAAGUUGUUAUGGAAUUGGAACACGAAUUCAAUAUACAAAUACCUGAUAAUGAAGCCGAUUCAUUAAAGACGGUUGGACAAGCUAUUGAUUAUAUUAUGGCUCAACCUGAUGCUUGUUAA